AUCCCAGCUACUUGGGGGUCUGAGGCAGAAGAAUUGCUUGAAACCAGGAGGCAGAGGUUGCAGUGAGCCGAGAUCGUGUCAUUGCACUCUAGUCUGGGCGACAGAGCAAGACUCCGUCUUGGAAAAAAAUUUAAAAAAAGAAAAUAUAAAAUAUGGUAUAAGAUUAAAUAUAUUAGUUAUGAAAAUAAUUGUAAAUGGCUUAUUGAACUUAUAGUCACUAAAAAUCAUGUUUUUGAAAAUUAUGUAAUGACUUUGGAAAAUACCAGCAAUAUAAUGUUAAGUGGGGAAAAAAGCAAGUUACUCCUCUGUAAUACAUAUGAUUUUAGUUUUGUAAUAAAAAUUCCCAACCAUAUAUGCACUUAUAGGGAAACAAAGGACCCAUCGCAAAUGUUUUCCAUGCUGAUCUCCAAAGUGUCCCACCCCCAGCCUGGGGCCUCUGGGAGCCUUGGUCCUGAGCAGCCAACACACCAGCCCAGACAGCUGCAAGUCACCAUGGACGCUGAAGGCCUGGCACUGCUGCUGCCGCCCGUCACCCUGGCAGCCCUGGUGGACAGCUGGCUCCGAGAGGACUGCCCAGGGCUCAACUACGCAGCCUUGGUCAGCGGGGCAGGCCCCUCGCAGGCGGCGCUGUGGGCCAAAUCCCCUGGGGUACUGGCAGGGCAGCCUUUCUUCGAUGCCAUAUUUACCCAACUCAACUGCCAAGUCUCCUGGUUCCUCCCCGAGGGAUCGAAGCUGGUGCCGGUGGCCAGAGUGGCCGAGGUCCGGGGCCCUGCCCACCGCCUGCUGCUGGGGGAACGGGUGGCCCUCAACACGCUGGCUCGCUGCAGUGGCAUUGCCAGUGCUGCCGCCGCUGCAGUGGAGGCCGCCAGGGGGGCCGGCUGGACUGGGCACGUGGCAGGCACGAGGAAGACCACGCCAGGCUUCCGGCUGGUGGAGAAGUAUGGGCUCCUGGUGGGCGGGGCCGCCUCGCACCGCUACGACCUGGGAGGGCUGGUGAUGGUGAAGGAUAACCACGUGGUGGCCGCCGGUGGCGUGGAGAAGGCGGUGCGGGCGGCCCGACAGGCGGCUGACUUCGCUCUGAAGGUGGAAGUGGAAUGCAGCAGCCUGCAGGAGGCCGUGCAGGCAGCUGAGGCGGGUGCCGACCUUGUCCUGCUGGACAACUUCAAGCCAGAGGAGCUGCACCCCACGGCCACCGUGCUGAAGGCCCAGUUCCCGAGUGUGGCUGUGGAAGCCAGUGGGGGCAUCACCCUGGACAACCUCCCCCAGUUCUGCGGGCCGCACAUAGACGUCAUCUCCAUGGGGAUGCUGACCCAGGCGGCCCCAGCCCUUGAUUUCUCCCUCAAGCUGUUUGCCAAAGAGGCAGCUCCAGUACCCAAAAUCCACUGGUCCUAAACCGGAAGAGGAUGACACCAGCCAUGGGUUAACGUGGCUCCUCAGGACCCUCCAGGUCACACAUCUUUAGGGUCAGUGGCCAAUGGGGCACACUUGGCAGUAGCUUGAGCCCAACUCUGGCUCUGCCACCUGCUGCUCCUGUGACCUGUCAGGGCUGACUUCACCUCUGCUCAUCUCAGUUUCCUAAUCCGUAAAAUGGGUCUAAUAAAGGAUCAACCACA